AUGACCAACAGAGACCAGCCAAAAAUGGACUCACGCGGAGGCCCCAAGCUGAUGCACACCCAGGCUCUUUGCCCGGGUCGCCCUACCAACAAAAGCCCGACGUUCAUCACCGACAAGCGCCCCGUCACGGGGGCCCUCGACAAAACGUCCCCCGACAAAACGAUGACGGCAUUCAAGGAGAACGUGCAAGGGCAGCAGGGGUUUCGACGGGCGUACCGGUCGGCGGGGUCGCAUCCGGACGUCGUGUCGGGAGCGACGAUGGUGUGGCCUCCAAUGGCCGGGAAGAAUGGUACCGCGCACGAGCGGGCGCUGUUUUUUGCGUCGUUAGGGGCGGGGCAACGGGCAGGGCCAGUGCACGAACGCGAGGCGCGGACUCUGUACGACCUGAUGCUGAUCCGGGGGUGCAACAGCAAGCUCUUACAGCACUACUCCAGCAUUCUCGGGACUGCGCUCGGGUUACGGACAACCAAGGGUUUGCUAACCACGCAGCCGGCGAUCGUCGUCUAUGUCUCGCGCAAGGUUAACCAGGCGUGGUUAGACGACCACCAAACCCUCCCCGACAAGCUCCGCGGCCCCGACGGCCUCUGGUGCGACCUCGACGUGAUCGAAUUCGCGGACGGCACCGCGCAAAAGGCGGAGAGCUACUCCGGGUUAGCGGAUGGGUUACGGGGCGGCGACACGCAGAUCGGCCCCGGUUCGCAAGUCGCGACGUCGGAAGUUUACGGGACGCUGGGCGCAAUCGUUCGGUGCCGGUCACAGAAGCGGUUAGGGUUCUUAACCAACCGGCACGUGAGCGUGGAUUUAGACCAACCCCUCCAGAAACUGUACCACCCACUUCCCCCGGUGCUCGGGGCGAACGUGUACCUGGGGACCGUCGAGCGGGCGGUCUCGUACGCGACAGAUCAUCUGUGGUACGGCAAGUUCUGCAGCCCAAAUCCAGACUCUUUCGUCCGCGCCGACGGCGCAUACGUUCCCUUCGCCGACGACUUCAACCUGCACCAAAUCACACCCGAGAUGAAGGGGAUCGGGAAGCUCGGGCCGGUGUUCGAGAUCGACCUGGAACUGCCGGUAACUAGCAUAGUGGGGAAAAAGGUGCAUAAAGUCGGUCGGACCACUGGGCUGACGACAGGUGUCAUCAUGGCGUGCUCGGUGGAGUACGACGACGAUAAAGGGAUUACGAUCUACACGGACUUCCUGGUACUGGGGGACAAGGGAAACCCGUUCGACGCCGAGGGGGAUAGCGGGAGUCUGAUCGUCAUGCAUGGCGAAGACAGGAGUCUGCCCCGUCCGAUUGGGCUCGUCUGGGGGGGCACCCGGAUCGGCAUCCUUCAAUCCGACGGGCACGGAAACCAGCGUUUUCUCUCCAAGCGCGGAUGGCGCAACCUAGCGUCGUAUGAGAGGUGGUGUGCAAGUGCAUUGCAUCAAUCUAACAUCGUCGAGGUGAAGCUUAGAUACCAAUGUGGACCUCCAGUCCAAACUGCCGGUCAUGCUGCUUGCGGUUUUGUUGCGGUGCUCGUGGUUAUGGCGAAGUGA